AUGUUCGCAGAAUCCCAACCCCCCAGCAGCGGUGGCGACACCCCCAAGCUCCGGGCUGCUUGUGAGAACUGCCGUCAGUCGAAAGUGAAAUGCAACCUGGGAGGGAAGAACACCUGCAUCCGCUGUCUUCGCCAUGGCCUUCCUUGUCGAUACCGGGUCGCCAACCGAUCCGGCAAGCCGAAGGGGAGCAAGAACCGAGCUACGCUGCGAAAGCUGGGCCAGCUCCAGGACGAGAAGCCGGUGCAGGGCUCGCACAGCGCGCGAGAGCCGAAGAAGGCCGUGGAGCCGGUGUGUCCGCCGGAGUAUGAGGUCGACCGCAGAUUCGAGUACCAGACAAGCGAGCCGAGUCAGCCGCGGCUGUCUGAGAGUCCACAGAUGCACGACUCCCACCCGACAAUCGACGCCUGCAUGCUAGUGAAUGAGACGCCCAUCGACUACACGGCCACCUAUGGCGGCCCGUUCUCCCCCGCCAUGCCGAUGUGCACGCCGGCGUCGAUGUCGCCGACAUCGCCCACCUUCCUGCAAAAGGAGUUCAUCACGAAAGGCCUGGCCAGCUUCCCGCUGGCCGUGCACAUCCCCGGCGCCUUACCACCGCGCUGCGAGUGCGACGAGGCGCUUGGCUUCCACCUGAACGGACUGCGACAUAUGGUGGUCGACCCGGCGCGGCUGCGCUUCGACCAGGGCUUGCAGGCGAUCAAGACGGCGCUCGCCGUGUGCCAGGGGUUCCUGCGGUGCGCGCGCUGUCCAAAGGGCAACACGAACUUCCUGGUCUCGCUGUCGACGCUGGACCUCGUGCUGCAGCUCUUCGACUUCUGGGUGAGCUGCGAGUUCGCAGCCCACGGCCACGGCCACGGGCCGCCGGCGUCGUCGCUGGAGGCCGAGCCCAUGGCUUACGGCGAGUACGAGACAGCGCCCGAGGAGGCGCGGCACAUGCGGCGGGUGGUGCUGCGCGGGCGCCUGCUGCAGUGCAAGGAGGUGCUGGGCCUGCUGCACGAGGCCGUGGAGCUGGCCGAGGGCCAGGGCCUGAGCAGUAGCAGCAGCAGUAGCGAGGCGCUGGACGGGAGCUGGCUGCAGCAGAUCAUCCGCGGGUAUGCGAGCGCGACGGAGUCCCUCCUCCAGCCGCUGGGGUGUAUUUGCGGAGGCAGCGCGGUGCAACUAGCGCAUAGACCGAGUACCGGGUUAGAUAGGCUGUAG